AUGGCAAGACCAGGCCAGGAGGCAGGAGAAGACGAGCCCCAGAAUCAACGGCGCAUCUCUAUCCUUCCUCAAGGAACCGACAACCCAGAGACCAUUACAAAGAAUGAGUUUCUUACUAAAGCCCUGGAUGAUCCCAAUGGACUCCUUGAAGAAAUACUGCGGAUGUGGAACUUGGAGCAAGAAGACAAGGUAAACGAAAUCCGGGAAGUUAUUAGACAGAAGGACGCAGCACUCGCGGAUCUGAUUGAGGGACGAGACAAGUACCGUGAUGCCUAUGCCCAUGAAUGUCUCCGCGGCAGGGAAACCAGUGUUCCUCUUUCAACCACCGAGACACCCGAGUUUUUACGACUGGCAGGAGAGUCUCAGCUUCACCAGGAGGAUCACAAGGAGGAGCUUUUCGAGAAAGUUACCGAGGAACUAAGAAACCUGACCACCCGGGACUUUUACACCACCACAUCUUUUAAUGAAUACUCCACUGCACGUGCCCAGGCCUACUAUACAUUCAGGUUAACAACGAGGCUAGACGCAAAGACGGGUCUUCAACAAUCCCGGAAAUUCUCGAGUACUGAUGCUACCAACCCUAAGCCCACGGUAAAGGACACAACCAGUGCUUCGCGUGUGGAAUAA